UUAGCAUUUGGGCUCUUGUUCUGCCUGUAGGUUCCAACGUCGAUCUAUCGUUUUGUUGAUAAGAUUGCAAACAGUAUACUGAAUUAUGGCGUCUGCUAACUUAUUGAGAUUUGUAGAUUUCGGUCGAAAGAUUAUUUGUGUUGGUCGUAAUUAUAGUGAGCAUGCAGUUGAGUUGGGGAAUGCCAUUCCAGAAAAGCCACUUCUUUUUUUAAAACCAACUUCUGCCUAUGUCGAAGAAGGAAGCCCAAUAAAAAUACCUGUUGGGUGCUCAUCACUUCAUCACGAAAUUGAACUGGGUGUUGUCAUCAAAUCUAAAUUCACAAAGGUCAAGCCUGAAGAUGUUAUGAGUCAUGUAGGAGGUUUUUGUUUAGCAUUGGAUAUGACUGCCCGUGACUUCCAAGAUGAGGCAAAGAAGAAAGGCCAUCCUUGGACACUUGCAAAGGGAUUUGAUACAUCUUGCCCUGUUAGCCCCUUCAUUCCACGAGAACAAAUUUUGGAUCCACAUAAUGUUGAACUUUGGUGCUCAGUCAAUGGAGUUGCCAGACAAAGAGGUCUAACUAAGGACAUGAUUUUCAAUGUUCCUACAUUGCUAAGCUACAUUUCCACAUAUUUUACAUUGGAACCCGGUGAUGUUGUGUUAACAGGUACUCCAUCUGGUGUUGGUCCUGUUAAGGUUGGGGAUGUGAUAGAGGGUGGGAUCACAAAUGUGUUGACAAUGAAAUUUAUGGUUGAAAAAUGAGCUAAUAUUUAAUAAUGUGAAUUUAGAAAUUAUGUAAAUGAUUCACAGAAUAGUUACACAUUAAACAAAUAUGAACGGUCA